GAGUCUCUUAAUUACUAACUGCCUCAUUUUUCUUACUAAAAGGCCAUUAUUGCAUUACGCACAAAACGAGGGACAAUGGAGUGUACAGCCCGCGCCUCUCAACACGCCUCUCAAUGAAGUAUGCGAGCCUGCAUAUUCUUCGCUAGGACAAGCGCCGUUCUCGUGUCCCCACGAGCUUUGGGUGACACUGCAGCUGGAUGACGAAGGCUGGAGAUAUUAUUCAUAUUUUACUCUCCGUUUAUCAUGGCCUGCGUCCACCCCCGCGGAUUUUUCCAUCCAAAUUUAUUCCCCAGAAUCUCUGUCUCCACACAAAUCAUCUGCUGGCUCCACCACCACUCGCCAGAAGUAUGCUCGCAUACGUCUCACUGAUACCGGCGUCCUUAGCCCAUCUACCUACUUGUCUCGAUCUGUCGCGACAGCAUUGGCAGUGCCGUUCAACAGCCGUUAUCUCGAAAAACAUGUCUCGCGAGCAAGGGUCGAAGUCGACGAGUACCGAAACACGAAGAAUGAAUAAUUUUGACCAUGCGGGGCAUAUCGGAGAAAAAUCACGUCAGAUACAAUGCAGGUUGACCAUCUUGUGAUAUUACGAAAGACUGGUACAGAAACAGCAAUGCGUUAUCUGUACAGUAAGGCGAU